AUGCGCCGCCGCCUGUGGCUGGGCCUGGUCUGGCUGCUGCUGGCGCGGAUGCCCGGCGCCGCGGGGACCCCGAGUGCGCCGCGGAGACCGCGCAGCUACCCGCACCUGGAGGGCGACGUGCGCUGGCGGCGCCUCUUCUCCUCCACCCACUUCUUCCUGCGCGUGGACCCCCGAGGCCGUGUGCAGGGCACCCGCUGGCGCCACGGCCAGGACAGUGUGGUGGAGAUCCGUUCUGUGCGUGUGGGCAUCGUGGUCAUCAAGGCUGUACACUCCGGCUUCUACGUGGCCAUGAAUCGCCGGGGCCGCCUCCACGGGUCGCGUGUCUACACCGUGGACUGCAGGUUCCAGGAGCGCAUCGAGGAGAACGGCUACAACACCUACGCCUCACUCCGCUGGCGCCAUCGUGGCCGGCCCAUGUUCCUGGCCCUCGAUGGACGGGGGGCCCCUCGGCGAGGUGGCCGGACGCGCAGGCACCACCUGUCCACCCACUUCCUGCCAGUGCUGGUCUCCUGAGGCUCCGAGACACGGCGGCAGCUCAAUGACAGAUGGCGGAGGAGCAGGUGGACAGAGUUCGGCAGACCCUGGGUCGGAGAGCAAAGGCCCGGCCACGCGUCUCUUCUGUGCAUGAAGCCAGGGUCUCCUGGGUGCCAGGUGCUGAGGCCUGGCCAGCCCAGGGAGGACCCAGCAGGCACCUCCUGGGCUGCAGGACGCCGCCCGGACUCUCGGGGACACAGAGGCUGUGGUGCAGCGGGCGCCCCCUGCAGGCCGAGGGCCUCCACGCUCUUUGCCGUGAGGUGCCUGCCAGCUGGACGUGGCCAGAGCCCCUCGGUGCUCAAGUUGUCCCCCUGCAGACUUCCUAACCCAAAGCGUCCACUCUCCAACAAGAACAGCAGUUUCUGGCGAGGGGCUGCGAGGCCCGUGGCGGGGCCGUGGGCAGACAGGCAAGCAGCAGCCCACGCGUGUCUCCUGGGUGCAGUGCCGUCCACAUGCGGGUGACGACUGCACACGCGGAGCCCUGGAACUGAGAACAUCUGUGCCGCGGCCCCUGCCACCGAGCGGGAAAUCUGCACGGAGCUCGUGGUCCGGCGUCGGGCGGCCCUGUGGGCCUCCGGGGAGCGAGGCAGCACGUGGAGAAUCUGCCGCUCUGCCUUCCAGAUAAGUAAACAAUGUUGAAACGCAAAACCAAGAACAGCAAAGCCAGGAUCGCUCAGGGAAGACGGCAAUGCUCGUGGAUGCCAGGGCCUGGGCCCCGCCCAGUGACCUGGACGCUGGCCGGAUUCACGGGGGUCAGGGUGAGAGGCAGCGGCGCGACCGCAGC